UUUCCCUUCCACACGUGUGUAGGGAUGUGAAGCUGUUCAAGUUUAUCUUAUUCUACUAAAACUAUAAAUAUCUUACACUUUUUAUAAAGUUUUUUUUUUUUCACACAAACAUUACAAAUGGCUGAUAUUGUGCAACAGCGAAUAGAGGACAGAAUUCCUGCGCUUGAGCAGCUGGAAAGAGUCGGCCUGUUCACCAAUAAAGAAGUCAAAUCCAUGCUGAAAAGAUCCACUGCUCUGCAAUACAAGCUGCACCGAGCUGUUCCGAGUAAAGACGACUUUAUUGCAUACAUACAGUAUGAAAUAAAUGUCCUGGAACUCAUCAAGAAGAGGAGAUCAAGAAUUGGCUACCAUUUUAAACGGGAGGAAAUAGAGUUUCCUGUCAUUCAUUGCAUAAACAAUGUUUUUAGAAGGGCUACAACAAAAUGGCAGGAGGAUGUACAGCUCUGGCUUUCUCAGGUUGCCUUUAAUAAGAAAUGGGGCACAAAGACUCAGCUUAGUAAGGUUUUGUCAUCUAUGUUAGCUAUCCAUCCUGACAAACCAGCUCUGUGGAUAAUGGCUGCUAAGUGUGAGUUGGAAGACAGGAACUCUUCAGAGAGUGCCCGUCAUCUUUUCCUACGUGCCUUGCGCUUUCAUCCUGAAAAUAAGAAAGUCUACCAGGAGUAUUUCAGGAUGGAGCUUAUGCAUGCUGAGAAACUGAGGAAACAGCAGCAGGAGUUGGAACAAGCUAAAAUAGAUGUGAGGGAAUAUGAGUUUUCUCCAGAGAUCUUAAGUGGUAAACUGGCUGAGGUGGUGUAUCGAGAUGCUACACAAAAAAUUAAAGGGGCUGAAUUUGUCUUGUCACUGCUACAGAUUGCUGCUAUCUUUGACUUCACACAGGAGCUACAGGACACCAUACUGCAAGAGCUGCAGAGUCAGUAUAAUGAAGACUGUCUGAUGUGGGAUUUCAUGGCUAAGAGAGAAAUGGAUGCUGCAGUGGCCCCUGAGCGCCAGUCAGCGAAAGGUAGAGCCUUGGCUACAGACCGCAGAGAAGAGCGCUGCUGUGUCGUUUAUGAAGAGGCUCUAAAGAACCUUAAUACAGAGACCAUGUGGACGUGCUAUGUUACAUUCUGUCUUGAGAGAUAUAAGAGGAAGACAAAUGUCAUUGAACUUCAGGAGAAGAGAAAAGAACGGUUACUCCGAGUCUUACAGAGUGCUCACGACGCCAGGCUUCUGCAAGAGACGUUCUACAAGAGCUGGCUACAGGUCCUGUCGGCAGGAGAUAAACGAUCUGCUACGCAAAUCGCCAUCACAGCCAUCCAGCGCUUCAGCCAAUCAGUGGAGAUGUGGAUCCUCAGCCUGCAGACAUUGGUCCAUUUUGAAAGCGCAGAGGUGGGACAUCUAUUCCAGGAAGCUCUGAAACAUGUGAAUCCCAAGGAAAUUCUGCCCAUUUGGCAGCUGCAGGCAGAUUGGAGCAUGAAUUCACAGACACCAGAGGAAACGGAGGCCUUUUUUCAGAAAGGGCUUUUGUCUCAAGUUCCUGCUGUAUCAUCUUCCAUGAAGGAAAAAUACCUUGAAUGGUCGUAUAAAACUGGUGACUACAAAAGGGCCAGAAAAGUUUUUUCAAGUUUACAUGAACACAGACCCUUCACCAAGUUAUUCUUCAUGAAGAUGGUUCAGAUUGAGAAAGAGCAGGAGACCCCAAAGAUGAGUAACCUCAGAGAUUAUUACGAGCGAGCACUUCGUGAGUUCGGCUCCUCAGAUGAAGAUCUCUGGAUUGACUACAUCAAGGAAGAGUUGGGCAGGUACGGAAACCCAGAGAACUGUGGAAAGCUCCACUGGAGGGCUGUUAAGACCUUGGAGGGUGAAAGUGUUGAGCAUUUCACAACCCAGUACACGCUGCUGCAGACUGGGCAUAUCUAGAGCCAGCAUGUACCCUCAACAUAUUGCUCUUUUAUUGUUCAUAUAUGGAGUACAAAGUGGCUGAUAGUUUUAGGGAUUUCUCUUUGAAAAUACAAAUACCCAUGUUGUAACUGUAAAGGAACUUAUUGUUUUGCCUUUUUUGAAAAUUUGGUAUGUACACAUUCGUUCUUUCCUGUUAUUCCAAAAAUAUUUUUUUUUUUGUAUUUGUGCAGAUCCUUGCUUACACCAGCACACCCCUAAAAAAAAGUUAAAUACAACUAACAAGACAAGUAAAUGUGAAAUUCUGGAAUAUGUCAUCAGUAGUAGGUAACGGUGACCUGAAUGGCCUUAAUGUUUUGAGGAAACAUGAAAUGCUAGUACUAUACCUUAUAAAGCUAGACAUUAGUUUUUGCCAACAGUACAUCAUAAAAACGACAAGAAACAUGUAAUAAAAUAAUUAAACCAUGUUAAAAGACAUUGUUGGGAAAUUAACAGAUUAAAAACCUGUAAACUUAAACACAAAGUAAAGUCUUGCCUUAAAGGUGCACUCAAACUUUUUGCUUGUGUCAUCUAAGACUUGCAGUGAGACCUAGUGGCGUGGAUGCAGCAUCAUUCAAACUCCGUUUUCAGUCACACAUGCCAUUUGAAGAAAUUCAUUAUUCACAGUCAGCCAUCAUUAAUGUAAUCCAAGAGUGAAAGUGCCCAAUAACAGGCUGGUUACUGAGAUUAAGUUGAGAUCUCAACAUGACAGCGCCCAUCAGGGGACCUUCUUCAUGUAGAAUAAAAUGGCAUUUAUAUGGUUAUAACUGGAUUCUUCAUUUCAUGCGAGUGCUCAUGAUUUUGUAUAUACUGUAUGUUUAAGUUUCAAUGAAUUAGGACAAACUUUUUAAUGACAAAAUUACGGAGUCCACUUUUAAACAACUAUAUUCAAUGUCACUUAAGUAGUUUAGUAGUAGUUGUUAAUACAUUGAACUCUACAUCAGGUGCCUUUCUGGAGUAAGGGCACUUCAAGUUCACUUAUCAAGCUGUGUAAUCAAGUGUUUAAUUAAUUUCAUUGAUGCCUUUCAUGUAUAAAUAGUACAGGAGACUACCAUGGAUCUGAGAAAAAAAAGCUAUAUCAGAUGAACAAAAUAAAUAUAA